GACAGAGGAGACAGACAGAAAGAGCAAAAGAGAAACAGAGACAGAGAGACAAUUCAGACAGAAAUAGAGAGCCAGAGAUAGAGAAGCAAACUAACUCCCGGAGUCAGAAGCAUACAAAGCGAGAGAGACAGAAAGGCAGGGAAAGAGACGGAAACAGAAAGUUAGACGCCAAAGAGAUACAGGAAGAAAAACAGACUGAGGAGAGACCAGAGAGAGGAGAGAGAAGCCAGGGCAGAGCAUGCCAGCUGGAGGCAUGGAGGGUCACCUGGCAUGGGAGAUGUAGUGGCCCGACCUGGGCCAAGCUGGGCGUGCAGAGGGAAGCCGGCGCCUGAGCGGAGUGCCCUGUGUGAGGGCUCCCCGGACCUGCCCGAGAGCUUCUCCCCGACCCUGCUGUCGCUCUCACUCGUUAGGACUGGAGUCACCCAGCUGAAGGCCAGCAGCUUCCUGAGGUUACCGUCACUGCACCUGCUCCUCUUCACAUCCAACUCCUUCUCCGUGAUCGAGGACGAUGCAUUUGCGGGCCUGUCCCACCUGCAGUACCUCUUUAUCGAAGACAAUGAGAUUGGCUCCAUCUCUAAGAACGCUCUCAGAGGACUCCGCUCACUAACACACCUAAGCCUGGCCAAUAACCAUCUCGAGACCCUCCCCAGAUUCCUGUUCCGAGGCCUGGAGACCCUGACUCACGUGGACCUCCGCGGGAACCCGUUCCAGUGUGACUGCCGUGUCCUCUGGCUGCUGCAGUGGAUGCCCACCGUGAACGCCAGCGUGGGGACUGGGGCCUGUGCCGGCCCCGCCGCCCUGGCCCACAUGCAGCUCCACCACCUCGACCCCAAGACGUUCAAGUGCAGAGCCAUAGAGCUGUCCUGGUUCCAGACGGUCGGCGAGUCAGCGCUGGGCGUAGAGGCUUUCUCCUACCAAGGGGAGCCCCACGUCGUCCUGGCACAGCCCUUUGCCGGCCGCUGCCUGAUCCUGACCUGGGACUACAGCCUGCAGCGCUUCCGGCAGGAGGAAGAGCUGUCUGCGCCCUCCGUGGUGUCCUGCAAGCCGCUGGUGCUGGGCCGGCGCCUCUUUGUGCUGGCCGCCCGCCUGUGGGGAGGCUCGCAGCUGUGGGCCCGGCCCGGCCCCGACCUGCGCCUGGCCCCGCUGCAGGCCCUGGCUCCACGGCGGCUGCUGCGGCCCAAUGAUGCCGAGCUCCUGUGGCUGGACGGGCAGCCCUGCUUCGUGGUGGCCGACGCCUCCAAGGCGGGCAGCACCACGCUGCUGUGCCGGGACGGGCCCGGCUUCUACCCGCGCCAGAGCCUGCACGCCUGGCACCGGGACACGGAUGCCGAGGCCCUCGAGCUGGACGGCCGGCCCCAUCUGCUGCUAGCCUCCGCCUCGCAGCGGCCCGUGCUCUUCCACUGGUCGGGGGGCCGCUUCGAGAGGCGCACGGACAUCCCCGAGGCCGAGGACGUCUAUGCCACACGCCACUUCCAGGCCAGCGGAGAUGUGUUCCUGUGCCUGACACGCUACAUCGGGGACUCCAUGGUCAUGCGCUGGGAUGGUUCCAUGUUUCGCCUGCUGCAGCAGCUUCCCUCUCGCGGCGCCCACGUCUUCCAGCCACUGCUCAUCGCCAGGGACCAGCUGGCUAUCCUGGGCAGCGACUUCGCCUUCAGCCAGGUCUUCCGCCUUGAGCCUGACAGGGGGCUCCUGGAACCACUGCAGGAGCUGGGGCCCCCAGCCUUGGUGGCCCCCCGUGCCUUUGCCCAUAUCACCAUGGCCGGCAGACGCUUCCUCUUCGCUGCUUGCUUCAAGGGCCCCACACAGAUCUACCAGCAUCACGAGUUAGACCUCAGUGCCUGAGACUGGAAGGGACCCUGGACAUGGCUGGCAGAGGGCUGGCAUGGGGAGUUGUGGGCCUCUGGAUGCCCCAUUGCCUGGACUCCUGGCCCUACUCAGAGGUGACUGCUGGUCCUGUGAGAUACUGACCACAGGCCAAGUUCAAGGCAAGAGCUGCUCGUCCAGUCUUAAGCAACACCUUGGCUGGGGGCAGAUGACCCCUCCCCCUCCAAGGAUGACUUGGGGGCUCAGGGUGGGGCACAGCCACACGGAGCCAGUACAGAAAUUAUGGGGGGGGUAAUGUGCAGAGCUCCAUGAGGUCUGGAAGCGCCCCCCUCAACCCACUCUCACCCCUCCUAUUCCCUGUAAAAGUACUACGGAGAGGAUAGCUUUCCUUUUCCUUCUAAACUCAAUCCAGCCAAUCGCUUUUAGUGCCCGCCUCCAUGACGUCAUCAGUAGCUGGGCAGUUUUCCCUGCCGGGCUUGCUAACUUCCUCUGUUGCUUGUGCGCAUGCCUGCUGCCGAGGCGGAAGCCCAGCGUGUCUUCCCUGUUGCGCGUGCGCAGGGAAUAGGCGGGAAAUAGAGAAUUGUUGCCGGGAGUCCGAGGUACCCGUCCUCGGUCGGUGAAAGGGGCGAGGACAGAAGGUGUUUGAGCUCAAUAAACGCGCUGUGCACCCGC